AUGCCACUCAGCACUUUCCUCCCCCUCCUCCACGAAAUCCACGACACGUACGAAGGUUCGCUUACCCCCACCCCUAUAAGAGCGGUGAACAAAAAAGUGAACAAACUAACCACCAAAACCCCCCCCCGCCCGGCGGCCCAUCCCCACCCCCAUCCUUGCAGAAUCCAUAACCCUCUUCGCCACCAAACCUCCAUCCAAAGACCUCGGCUUCCUAGAUCCCAAUCACCCAGCGUGCUCUCAUCUCCCCGUGGUGGUGAGACAACCGGUGCCGUCCUUUGGAAAGUAACCCCCAUCUUUGCAGACUACCUUUCGAACCCCGGGAACGCAUUCUUUAGUCAUGGAGUUUUGAGCUCGAGGUCUACGGUCUUGGAACUUGGCUGCGGGGUUGCAGGUGUGCUUGGGUUGACGCUUGGGAGUAGUGGCAGGGUUCGGGCCUAUUUUCUCAGCGACCAGGAGUAUGUGCUGAAGCUGUUAAGGAGGAAUUUGGAGGAGAAUACCCCGCCUGCUGUUGCUCAGCGCAAGGGAGGUGCGAGGGUGAAGGGGAGCGCGAUGGUUAGGACUCUCGCGAUAGAUUGGGAAAAGGAUCGGAUUACUCGGGAGCACCCGGUGCUUAAGGAAGGGGUGCCAUUUGGUGCGGUGAUUGCUUGCGAUUGUAUAUAUAAUGAGUCAUUGGUGGAGGGGUUUGUUGAGGCCCUGGAGGAGGCUUGUCGGGAACUUUCGGCCGCCUCAUCCUUCUCCACGAGGGCAGCUGGGGGAAGAGACAGUGGCAGCACACUUUCCGAAGGAGCGGGAGGAGAGGGAGAAGCGAAGCCAACUUUGGCAGUGAUUGCGCAGGAGCUCCGAUCCCCAGAAGUAUUCGAGACUUGGCUCGAGAGAUUUCGUAAAUCCUUCCACACAUAUCGCAUUCCCGACUCGCUGCUCACGCCCGAAAUAAACUCCUCCUCUGGGUACUGUAUACACGUCGGAAUCCUCCGAGACUAA